AUGGUGAAGAAUCUUAUCUGUCGUAUUUUUAACCGGCUCGAGCAGUUGCUUCCAACGGAGCUCAACGACUUUGUGUACUCAGAGGUUGAGCGCCAUCCCAUUUUCUCGAAUGCACGCCUGGCGCUGCUGAAUGCAGGAGUGACACAGGGCUUGCAGCUGGUGGUGGACCCACUAUUGGAGGUUGUCGAGCGAAUUGCGGAGAAAAACCGCCCCGAAAGCGGCUCGACGAGUGGCAUCAGCUCAGCAGUGGCGACGCUGAGUGUGAUGGAGUCUUACACGGAGGACGUGCUACAUUCGUUGCUGGUGAUGCUGCGCUUGCUGAAUGACAUCAUCGAAGUGACCUGGCAAUCGUAUGAAUCGAACCAUGCAGGAGAUGAGGCGGAGCCAGGGCGGGAGGCUGGGACCGUUAACGGAUUCUACAGCACGUACAAAGUUGGGUUCGCCACCGAAAAGGAAUGGACGCAUGCGAUGGCGCCGCCCGCGCUUGAGACGACGGCUGCGCAGCAACUGCUCCGGAUUUCAAACCGGUUUAAGACUAGGUCACAGACCUUGGAAAUCCUGAAGAAGAUUGCUAAUUCACUCCACCGCCCUGAAACCCUGAAUUCCCGCCUUAAAGUGCCAGACACACUACACAACGAACGUAGCCAAACGCGCAGCGAGUUGCUGGACAAGAUAGAUGAUAACUGCGAGGCCCUAAUGAAACAUGUUGCUGCGUCAAACCCACACGAAUAUCACAGUUACAUUAACACGAGAAUAAUUUCGCCAUUGUUGGUCACGCAAACCCAGAAUGAGACCGAUAUUGCCACAUAUCUCGAUGCAUUUUCUUUUUAUUUCAUCACAAACAAAUAUCUGGUCAGCUUCCUUGAGCUAGUGUCAAAGAUGGUCACCUACUUUAAGAAGUCAGUAUACCAAGAAGUGCUUCUGAAGUUUGUUUCCCAGGCGAUGACAACUUGGAUACUUUCGAGGCCACAGGAGUAUUUGGAUGUUAUCGACAGAAUUAAGUAUCAUCCUGAAGACCAGUCGACUCAACUUUUAAUAAAGGAAGCAUCAUUUCUAUUUGAAGAAAUUUACAACUCAUUCAGCGUCACACAUAUAUUGACUGAGUCGCCGACACUGCAGUCUACGAUGUCAUCGCCGACAUCUGCAGGCGGAUCUACUUCCUCCAUUCCUGGUGAUGGUACGAGCCCAGCCAAAGGCAGUAAUGCUGCGCACUCAAUCAGCUCUGCAACAAUCGUUAUUACAAAUUCCGUCGAUGAUCCAAUGCGCCCUAGUACUGUGCCAGAUACAGGCGAACACGCGUCUAACCAUCCUCGUAUGACGGGCAAUCCGGAUAAUGUGGAAAAUAUCACUCAUAUGUCAGUGCUAAGCUUUCUUUCUUGCAUGGUCAUGUUGCACCCUGGUGCUUUUGAGGAGAUUAAUAACACAUCGUUCAGGAAUAUACCUGAUGAUCCUCAUCUAAACGAAUCCAAAGAAGAUAUUACUGAUUCCCUUUAUGCAACGACUUCUGGGACAACAAGUGUCAAUUCAGAUGAACGAAUAAGACAUUCUCAGCAUCGUCGUUUGAAGUCUUUCAAGAAGUUAACAGCAUUCUCGACGCAUUCAUCAAAUCAUCACAAAGUCAAAUUCUUAUCUGCGUUAGUGGACAAUUUAACUGGAAUCCAUGCGGUUUCUGAUGCUGCAAUUGUUGACUCCCUCCGCACGUUAAUCCUAAUAUCUAGUCUUGCGGCUUCUGUGUUCCAAUUUGAGAAGGAUGCACCUUCAAUUCAUUUCAGCAGACGGCUAUUCCCGGUACUAUGUGAUAGUCUGCAGCUUUGCAGCGAACAGAAUGCGAGAAGGAACCCGCUUAUAGCAAAAUGUCUUUUCAGACAUUAUACUCUUCACUCAUCAUUACAGAUAGACUACUUUCCCGUUGCUUGUUCGCUGGAACCGGAUGCAUUUAAUUUACGUCUACAGGAAUAUCUGGAACAGAGAAAUAAUAGCCUCGGGCACCUUCACAUACUAACAGAAGGAUUAAAAGCGUAUGUCUGCGUCCAAAGGAAUAUGCCUUCAGAAUUUAAAACCCUCCUUGCAACCAUAGGACUUUUAAGAAGAACCGCGUAUGGUCUCUCAUGUGUUCUCAUUGAAGGUUCCCCUCUCUUUGAUGAUAGAUCGUCUGUUUCAGCUGUUAUUGACGAUCUUUUAGAGGGGCGAUUAAUUGAUGAGUUAAAUAUUGAUGAUUCUGAUGAUGGUGACCCUCGUAUACCUGCGUUCAUGAACGCCUUUGUGCCAAAGGAAUCAAUGAAAAGUUUUCCUCAAACCCCAUCAGUACCAUCCUUCACUUCAAGUUCAUUUAAUGAAAAAACUCCUUCUGCACCUUUCAUUUUCCCGAACAAAAGCGACCAUGAUGCAGUGAGGAUUAGAAGGCCGUCUAUUGGGUCACCGCAACCUACGCUUCAUGGUAGGCUCACAACCACGUCAUCUUUGCCACAUGAUUUGGAAAGAGUACAGUAUUCUAUGCGUGCGAGUAUGGAUAGAGGAGUGAGGCCUCCAUUGCGAAUGUCUUCAAGAGGAAGGUAUGGAUCUCAGGAUUCCAUUAUGCAUUUGAUGAGGUCGACUUCUUUUGUAGGUAAUGAGGCUCUACAGGAAGUCAGAAAAGAUGCAUCUAACCUUUAUAUCGUCCGCAAGAUUAUCGGGAAUAUCUAUGCCAUAUACAAGGCCGUUUUGCACUUCUCUAUGAGUGUUUUGGAAGCGGAGAAGAUAUCGCCACUGCAUAUAGAUGACUACAAAGACGUUGUUAAACCUGUCUUCGCGGCAUUAAUUGAUGAUGGAGCUGACUCUCAUAGCGCUGUUAAAGCUUAUUGUUAUGUUGGGAUCACAUGUAUUGAUGAAUUAGCAGGUGAGCAUGCCAACAAGUAUAUGCCCUCCGUCUUUAAAGCGAAUGGAUAUCUGAUAGCGCUCCUAGCUGCUUCUUUGUUUAAUGUUUCCCUUACCGACUCCAAACGAGAGCAGAUAUUUGGUUAUCUAACUGAUUUUUGGGAAUUUAGGCAGGCCAUAGUGAAAUACUUCGAGAAGCGGGGAAUCCUUUCGAAGAUAAGUGACGAGGAGCUCUACACUUUCCCCGUUAUUCGUGGUGCCACUGGUCGGGCGUUAUGUGUUUCGAUGUAUUCUCAUAACCCUAACAUUCACAGAUUGCUAAAAAUCGGUUUUAGGCUAUUCCAGAAAGAGAUUGCGAAUCAUCACCUUGUCAACGGACAUAGGGUUACUACUGGUCAAUUCAACUUGCAGUUUAUUAAAGCCAUGGGUCGCGAUUCAUAUUUGUCCACAGGUGCACUUGCUUUCCAGCGCAGGUUAAGGUCUGAUAUCCUUGCACGAAUAAAACAUCCAGACAGGAUCCUUUAUGACAGUUUGAGGCUGAUUUAUAAUCACUGGUAUUCUUUGCUGACAGCAGAACAUCGUUCCGAUACGGAAUCGAAUCACUUCAGGAACUGUGCAGGGUUUAUUGCCGCUUCUUGUGGCGUGUUUUUGGCCGCCGAUGAUGAUAUUUUGGAAAAAUUCUCCUACUUAUAUCAAGUUAGGGACUCUAUGGUUGAGAAAAUUGAUUAUUUCAUUUACAAGCAGUGUCAGUCGAUCAACAACGAGGACCUACUCACGAGGGAAAACUCCAGGGAUAUUGUCAGUUCGGAACUGCAUCCUUUAGCGUUUGCGUUAUUGUUCAAGCAUUUGAAGAAAAAGGCCAAGGACUUGUUCGAUAUCAAAAUUACCCAACCGGAAAAUGAGCUUCACUAUGUUCUCUUGGAACAGAUAAUUUUGGUUAUAAGGGUUAUAUUGGAGCGGGAUGAUGAUACAGAUGUUUUAAUAUGUGUGUCGUUAGAUUUGAUUGAACUCCUGGGUGAUAUCUUUAAAAUCAUAGAGCUGAUGCCCCGCGAUUCGCCAAAGUACUACAAAAUUAUAAUCCAGAUAUCGAAAAUGCUGAGAUCCUUUGAACAUUCUGAACAGAAAAUCUGUAUUUCGGGUUGUAUGCUAAUAAAAAAUAAGUGGUUAAGACUGACAAUGCGGUGGUUUGAAUCAACAAUUUUUAGAGAGUAUGAUCUGGAGAAUCUCGGAAAGCCGCAUCGGAGUAUGGACUUGCAGCGCCGAGACCUGGACUAUUUGUAUAUCGACACAUCAAUCGAGUCUUCUAAAGCGCUGGCUUACCUGACGAAAGAUUUGGUCCUAGAAGCGCCGCAGUCAAUGUCCGAAAAAGAGCUAUCUAGAUCAAAGGAAGUUGUUUUCGGUAACUAUUUUACCAUAUUGCUAAAAGGGUUAGAAAAAAGUACUGGGAUUAAGAAGUUUCCUCCUACAUUAAGGCAUAAGAUUGGAAUGUUAAAUGACAAUAUUAUCACCUCAUUGACCAACCUUCUGAAUUACAAUGUUGAUGUUGGUUUCAAGUAUGCGCUUCCUAUAGGCUACUCGCCCAACAGAAAUAUCAAGUUAGCCUUCCUGAAGGUGUUCGUUAACAUCGUUUCAAAUUUUGAUGUAACUAAGAAAAGACUAGAAGAAGAAAGAAGUGCUGCCAUAGAAACCCUUUUAGACAGGGCGGUGGAGGAUCCAAAGCUGCUUUCAAAGGCAGCAAGAGUCUGUCCCGCUAAUGAUAUUGACUCUUUGGCGGGUUCCUUCGUUACAUUAUAUGACAUAAAGAAUGCUGCUCAUCUAAUAGUUAUCGAGCUUAUUAUUGAUGAGAUAAGUCGCGCUACUAGGUAUAUGGAUGUCCUAAGAAGGAAUAGCUGUGCAACAAGGUCGUUAUCGAUGUUUUCUAGGCUGAAAGGAGGUGCUUAUCUGAUCAAUGUGCUUAAGCCCGUGCUUGAAGAAGUAGUUGCGACUGGAGAAACCUUCGAUGUUGAAAAAAUCGAGCCGGAUGAUCCUGAUUGCCAAAUUCAUGUCGAUCUAUUCUGCAAGUAUCUAAACAAAUUGGUUGAUUCAAUAGUCGGUUCAGUCGCCGAUUUUCCCCCAGAAUUCUUUGUCAUCUGUCAGUCGAUAUACUCUUCUGUUAAAGAAAACUUCCCUGAUUCGGCAGAGAUAGCAGUGGGUUCGUUCAUCUUCCUCAGGUUUUUCUGCCCGGCUCUCGUGAGUCCUGAUUCAGAGGGUAUAACCGAUCCACUUUAUCCAAAAGCGAGACGGUCGUUCAUGAUCCUAGCGAAGGUAAUCCAAAACAUUGCGAACGGAUCCGUCUCAUCAUUGAAAUGGCCAGCGUUGCAAUCCGAAGUGGAAUUCUUGAAGACUAUCAGCGAUCGGAUUUUCUGCUAUUUGAAGGAGAUUUCUGAUCCAACUAGGAAGGUUGAAAUACGUACCAAGCCGGAAAACAGGGCUUCAGUGGACGACUUCCAUAUGCUUCACAGGUUUUUGUAUUAUCAUGGGUUUGAAAUCAGAAGGGAAUUUAUAAAUGAUGUGAAAAGUGCAGAGGAUAUGGGGAGGUUGCGAGAAUUUUGUCGCCUUGCUGAUAGGCUACUAUCUUUGCUUGGGCAACCUCGUAUGGAGUUUAAGAGUGCAAUUUCUCCUUAUAUCAGGGACCACAUGGAUACUAAUCCGGAACUCUAUGAGUUUAUGAGCCGCCAUUCUCUAAAGAACAUACUUCCUGAAGAUACACCUUUUGUUCGCGAAGGCGUCUCGCCGGAUGGCUUCCCCAUUAUUGUAUUAACUUGGCAUCUUUGUGACAGAAUCCUAAAGCGUGAAAGUGACGCACUGGUCUUUCGGAUCUUCCAGAUUUACUCGAAGGUCUGGACAACGAGUCAUUAUUGCGUUAUUGAUUGCACAGGUUUCGAUUGCCAAAAAUAUGAAGAGCCUGUUCGGAAGCUCUCUAACCUGUUUUAUAAAUUGAUACCACAUGAUGCUGCCAAGAACUGUACUGGUUUUUACUAUUAUAAUAUGACUGAAAACCUUCUUGAUCUAUGGUUACCGAUUUUCAGGGACAAAGCAAGGUACUUAUCCGGCCUGAAAAUACCGCAUCAUUUUAUCAAUUCCAAUUCUCCCACGAAAGCAAUAUCGAUGCUUGGACUUUCAGAUUAUUCUCUAGAGGUUUAUACAGAUGUUCGUGUUACUUUGCAUGACGCAUCUGUAUACAAUUCAAAGGAUAAAAAGUUCUAUCCUGUAACGCUAAAAAUUGGUAACAAACAUUUUCAGGUUAUCCAUGAUACCCCCAAGUCCAUCAACCUUGGAAUUAUGGAAACCGCGUUGGAUAUUUACUUUAACGACGUUUAUGAUAUUGCAGAGAUUAAAUCUACAGGACUAUCAAACGAAGUUGGAGUGCCGUAUGAGUUCACCAUCAUUAUGGAUGACGGGAACAAGUUAAUCUUUACAAGCACAAAGUGCCUGGAGAUAUUAAAAAUAUUCUAUUAUUCGCAAGUUAGACUGGAAGAGGAGUUCAGGGAUGAUGAAUUUGGCGUAUCUUCCAUGGCUCACGAUCAUAACAAACGGAAAGAUAUGACAUACACAAUUGGGCACAUUUUGAUGAUAGUAUUCGUAGGUUUAACUAGCGAGGACGAUGCCGCUGAAUCUGUGGCCUACAAUUUGAUGGCGGCUACUCAGUCUACCUUUGAUUUAGACUGCGGGCAUAAGUUAACUGUCCCGCCAGAGGUUUAUGUCUCGGGGGAUAAUUCGGCUUUCUACAAUUCCAUACUGAACACAUUGGCAGUUACUACUCCAGAACUAUGCGAGUGUAUUUGGACAUAUGCUCUAGAUCUCCUGGAGAAUGUUCUCAAUAAGAAACAGAUUACAGCACUUCUCAUUGCGCUUUCGCCAUGGACUAAAAAUCUAUAUGAAUACGUUUAUCUUGCGAAUGAUGAGGAAGGACCUGAGAUUACCACUCAGAUCAUUAGACGUCUCAUAAGAAUCACAAUGAAACAAGAGCUGCAUUCAAUUCUGUAUGCGCAAUUAAUAUUCUCGAAUAUUCUUCUGGAGGGCGAUUUGACGGAACUUUUGUUUGACGAGGUUAUCCAUCACUGUGUUGAUAGAGCGUCAGAAGGCUCUGAAUGGAAGAGGAUAAUUGUGAUAUUAACCAAAGUCCCCACCACAGAGGUUUGUGGCCUUGUGCUUCGGAAAAUUCAAAAAAUUAGCAAUUCCUUUUUACCCACAUUGCAGUUAGAAACAAGCACCCAUAGCUGGUCGGAAUUGAUUAUUUUGGUUGAAGUUGCUGUCUCGCUCUUUUUUGAUUCUCUCUUGCUCGCUCAAUUACAUCUUUCGGAGAUACUUUGUAUCGUAUCCCUCUUAAUUGAUGUGGGGCCCACAGAAUUACGUUCGGCAUUGCAUAGAUUGUUGAUGAAUGUCUGCCAUUCUUUUGUUAAUAACGAACGGCUAUAUGAACCUCAAAAAGAAAACUUGAAGAAGAUAUCAAUUACACUUUCUCGCCAGAAACUGAAGUUUAUGUUCGGUUUCAGCCAGGACAAGGGCCGUGUAUUGCAAAACUUUAGUCCAUCUUCGUUUUUGACUAAAUUCACUACUCUGGAGCAUUUUAUCAGCAACUUAUUGGAGCUGAUGGGCAAUGCAUCAGUUAAUCAUAGUACUGUUUUAUGCUGGAAGACAAAGUACUUGAAAUAUAUUAUGGAUGUUGUCACUAAUGUGGAAUCCUUCCUCUCCUCCCGUGCUAUGAUGAUAAUAGGUAUAAUCUCUAAGAAUGGCAUUAAUGACAACUUAUGUUACAAGCUAUUGAGACAGACAUUCCGUACCUUGAGCGUUCCGUGGAUAACAGAAGAGUCAAUAUUUUAUGCCAUCUCCCAUAUCUUUGCAUACAGCAAGAUUGUCAAUGGUCUGCAGCCCACCUCCAAGCUACUACCACAGAUGUUUUGGUUCUCAACGACUUAUAUUCGCUCGCCAAAGUCUAUGGUAUAUCAAGGUGGUCUACUGUUGAUGAUGAAUAGCGCACAGAGAAUGAGCUUAGCGUCUGGGGGUGAGAACGCUCCGCCACUUCUUUCUCAACUGUACAAAGAACGGCAGUUUGUGGAAGCUGUGAUGGAUGAACAGGGCAGGGUUGACGGUAUGCGCUUCACCGAGGCGAACUUCAUACACAUUUUGAUGGCAUAUCUAUCCAAGGGUCUGUUGAUUCCAUUUGUUCGCACCACUGCUGUUGAAGCACUUAUAACGUUUUUCAGGUUGACCUUCCACAAGUCGCCUUACCAGGCGGAUGAUAAUUACCUGGUAUUCAUGUUUUUCAUUUACCUAGUCCAGAGGCCCGACCAUUUCAACGAGAUGCUGAAUGAAAUGGAUCCCGACUCCGAAAUCAUAUCCCUGGAUGACACGACGGGAAUCGACUCCCGGCUUCUGUCGUGGAUGGAAAAUGGCAGUGACACCGCUCUCUUCGCGCUAUACCAGGGGGCGGUGUACUUUUCAUCCCGCAACUCCGACGAACCUGGGAAGGUCCGGUUCCUGUUGCUACUGAAGCACUUGGUGGUGAAGCAACCGUUCAUGGUCUUCAAAGUUUACAACGUGAUCCGCGAUGAGCUCGGCCGCAUCAACACCUACGACGUCAGUAACACCAACACUGUGACCGUCGCUUUCUUCGUGAUCCGUUUGAUGGUGGUUCAGAAGGACUAUCUGAAGCUGGACGACAUCCAGCAGGAAAUGCAAAACCACCUGGCUACUCGUGGGCUGUCUGGCAUCUCCGACAUUGAUAUAGAUGCAGCGAAGAAAGAGUCAGAGCUUUCGCCAGAAAAACAGAUAGAAUCAAUACUCCCGAGAAAGGUGCACGCCCUCCAGAUUGUAGACCAAAUGCUCUCCUUAUCGGGGUGA